AUGGAGAAGGAGCCUAGAAGACUGGUUUUUGGUGCAAUUCCAAUAGUCUUUUUGCUUAUCCUCCCUUUGCUUUUUGUUGAUUUCUUCUGGGGAAAUGUUAUUCCAUAUGAUCAAUGGAUUCAAUACUUUUCGGGUUCUGAAACUAUGAAUUCCAGAUUUGAAGAUCAGCAGAAAUCAUUCGAUCAUCUCUUAGCAAGACUAGUUGGAGGAGAAGAUAGAAGAAAGCUUGAAGCUACUGGUUUUGCAUGUGAUACUGCUGUUCAUUCUGUUGUGUGUGUUGCAAAUCAACCUGUAAGAAUUGACACCAGCACAAUGAAAGUUUAUAUUCCCUCUAAUCGAACUUUGAAACAAGAAACUGUGGUUUAUCCACAUGCAAGACAAGAGGACAAGAAUUUUGUUAAGACUCUUACACCGGUUCGUUUGAUUUAUGGAAACAUUACACCACCGGGUUGCGAGUAUACACACGAUGUUCCUGCUGUGAUCUUCUCAUCCAAAGGAAUGGGAAAUGUUUUCCACGAAUUCAACGAAAUCGUUAUCCCUUUGUUCAUCACUACGAGGCAAUUCGAAUCCCGGGUUUUUUUCAUUCUUGAGGAUUUUAAACCAUCAUUUAUGAACAAAUAUGGCAAGGCUGUGUCUCACUUGUCUAAUUAUGAAGUCAUGAAUCCAGCUGCAAAUAGAAGUGUGCAUUGCUUUCCGGGAUUUGUAGUUGGGCUAAAAUAUCAUAACAAUCUAGCCUUGAAUUUCAGUGAUAUCCCGGGAGGGUAUUCGAUGCGUGAUUUCAGACAUUUUCUUAGAGAGGCGUAUAAUUUGAAGUUCAUGCACGUGUCUGAAAUAAAAAAGCCGAGGUUAAUCCUCUUGUCUCGUCGAAAUACAAGAAGAUUUCUCAAUGAAGACGAAAUGGUUGCAAUGAUGAAAGAAUUGGGUUUUCAAGUUAUUGUUGUUUCAAGAUCAAAGAUUAUAUCAGAUUUGAACAAAUUUGCAAAUAUGAUCAAUUCUUGUAGUGUAUUGGUGGGAGCACAUGGGGCUGGCCUUACGAAUGAGAUGUUCUUGCCAGCCGGAGCUGUUAUGGUUCAAGUAGAAUUACUCGGCCUUGGAUGGGCGGCCGACACCUAUUAUGGGGAUCCUGCUCGUGCCAUGGAUGUGCAUUACUUGAAGUACAAGAUUGAACCGGAGGAGAGUUCGCUUUUGAAAUUGUAUGGACGGAAUCAUUCGGUCAUUACUGAUCCGGGAUAUCUCUUUGACAAGGGCGGGUACCGUGCUGCGAGGGCGGUGUAUCUUGAUAUGCAGAAUGUAAGGAUCAAUCUUUCGAGGUUUAGGAAGACAAUGGUUGAAGCUCUUAGUCUUGUUUCAGACUUGGAUGUGUAG